AAACUAACCUGUUUGAAUUUUUCAAUAUUAUUUACACCAGACGUUUUAAGUUAAAUUUGAAUGCAAAAGUAUUUUAUUAUUUCAUACUGAUCCCGUGUAAAGUUUUGAUGCAUAAAUAUACUUAGAGAUUAUUGUAGAAAUGUAUUUGAAUGUCUCCACGUUGCAGUCACGUAAAAGAACACUAUUUAUCAUUGAAAUCUACAAAGUUUUACUGUAAUAAGGUGAAAGAGCGCGUGGAUUAAAAAGAAAGAUUACUCGAUACGUUUAAAAUGGCAAAACUCUAUUCAUAUUAUACGUUAUGUCCCCUGAUCGACCAACAGAAUUUGUUAGGCGUCGAGAGAGAUUCCGAAUGUGGAUGUGCAAUAGUGACAUUAGGAAGAAAUAUUGUAAUUCGAUACAAGCUACAAGAUUUGAAGCAAUUGAGUAGUUGGUCAAGCAAAGACCGAUUAACAACACAAGUUAUUUAUGAUGAAACGACGCGUCAGUAUGCAGCAAUAUUUAACGAGAAAAAGAUACGUCUUUGGUCUGCGGAAGAGACAGAUUUAAAUAACGUAAAAGGUUAUAAAUUUCAAUCCGCUCUGCAUACGAUCCUCACUCAUGAAACGCAUCCUCCUGUAUUGGUUCGCAAAGAUGGAGCUACUGCUUCUUUAGAAUGGGCUAUAAAGAAUAGAAAGUCAUGGUCUAAGAAGGGAAUUUUAAAUGCCGACGAGAAAAUUUUAGACUGUCAUUUAAUUUGUAAUGCUGGGAAAAUUAGUUUAUGUCUAUUAACUGAAACUAAAGGAACGUACAAUUCUGUAUUGGUUAAACUUAACAAUGAAACAUAUUCUGAAGAAAUGGAUCGUAUAAAUAAAAUGGAGUUAAAGCAAAAUUCAGAAGAAUUAGUUGGUCAUGCAGUGUUACAAACUAAAACCAGAGCUUGCCUUUUAACAUUGUGGUCUCAUGGCAAACUGCACAGUUACCCAUUAACAGAAACCAAUGAAUCUAGUUCAAGCACAUUAAUUGGUAUAAUCAAUAACAUUAAUACUAAACAUCCAGUUGUUAUGACACCGCUAAAUGAAACCACUAUAGCAGCAUAUGGGGCUGAUGCCUCUGAAGAAGGUGCUGUACUGAUGAUCUAUAAUGUACAGUUCAAAUUGGUACAAGAUGUUCAGAAAUUGAAAUUAUAUACAACAGAUGCAAAAUUAUGGAAAAUUGAAGAUAAAUUAUUGCUUGCUGCUAAUAGACACUUAGCAAUUGCACCUUUCCAUCUGGCCCCUCAAAGAAUAGCAACUUUACUUGGAUCGUCUUUAAGAUUCAAAGCUAGCGACGAGAACGCGGACGACGACGAAAUUGUCGUAAUACAAGAAUCAACAGUAGCGCAUUGGGAAAAAGGUGGAUCAAACCCUAUUAAACAACCAAUACAAAAACCUCCUGUGAAACUUUCCAAACAAAUAUCGUCUUACAUGAACGAAGGACUGAGCGAUGCUGCGAUACAAGAAAUGUUAAUUCCACAGUUAAUAGAAUCAAAGGACGUCGAAGGAAUUUUAUGGUGUUUGAAUAACUUCAAAGACCUGCCAGAAAAAUUAUUAGCCGAUCUUUUAAUCUUUUGCCUAAGAAGUCCUGAGGAAACAUUCGUACCAGUACAAAAUGGUACAACUGAUGAUUUUCCAGCUAACAAAAUGUUGUAUUCAAGAAAUGAUUUUCUUGAUAAAAUUUUUAGUCUUACUUAUUCUGAUAUUUCUUUGUCGUCGUAUCUUAAAAUUGGUUUAAAGUUCGACGAAGUACUUCAAUUGUUACAGUAUUUAAUACAGAAAUUAGAUGAUCAGGAAGACUUUCUCGACAAUAUUGUUCAACAGCCUACCGAUAAACAGUUGUACGAAUGGUCUAGCUUAUUGUUAGAAUCUCAUUAUCACCAGUACAUAUUAUCAGGAGAUCCAGAAGUGUCCAUCCUUCUUAAUAAACUUGGUUACGUUUUAGACGAUCAUCUACAAUUGUUUAAAGAUAUGGAAAAUUUAAGGCCUAUUUUAAAACGAACCAUUAACGGAAAAUCUUCGAAACUUUUACAAAAAAAUCGUAAUAAGUUCUAUGCAAUAGAAGAAAUUAAACUUUAUUGAAAUUUAAGAACCUUCCUUUCUUUUUCCCCUAAAUAUUCUAUAUAAAUUAGGUUGUAAAGUAUUUCAUCCUUUCUGCAUAAAUGUACAUAAACUUAGCAAUCGAAAACCCCUUAUAAUGUACAGAAAACAAAACCAAGAAUAAACAGUUUUUAUUUUUA